AUGGCUGCCCCCGCUCCUCCUGCGCCUGCGGAUCACAAGUUAGGCGUUCCCAAACUCGACGAACCGCAGCUCCAGGCUGGCGGAGGCACAGCUUCUGCCACGUCCCAAGCCCGCACUGUCAAACACCUCUCCGAUAUCUUUGCUAGAUGCCUCAAAGCCGAGUACGAAAGUCUGAACAAACGCUAUAAUUUCGGCACAAAGGAAGGAAUUGCGGCAUGGCUCGCUGAGGAACAGCAGGGCCCAGCACAGGAUGUGGACUUGUUGAAGGAUGGGUCCUUGUCUGCUUUUGUUGGUUACUAUAUGUCCGGGUCUGCGAAUGUUAUGAAACCGCCUCCGCCGCUGGACGACUCGUAUCCUAUUUCCAAUUACUUCAUAUCGUCAAGUCACAACACGUACCUUACCGGAAACCAACUGUCCAGUGAAUCGAGCGUAGAUGCGUACAAGAACGUCCUCCUCCGGGGAUGCCGUUGUGUCGAAAUCGACGUCUGGGAUGGUGAACCCCCUUCCAGUUCCAGCUCGGAAGAUGAAGAUGAGUCGGUAGCGGCCAAGCCCAAGAAAGAGAAGAAAGAGAAGAAAGAGCUAGGAUUCCGUAAGCGGCUAGAGCUGCGCUUCGGACGGAAAGGUUCACCUCCGCCUGAGGAGAAAUCGCCGCCGAAGAAUCCCUCUCUGCCUGACGGCAAUGGUUCAGCAAGAGAGACCCCCUCGCGCUCGAAUAGUUCUACCAACCGUGCGGAGCCCAGAGUACUCCAUGGAUAUACUUUGACCAAGGACACCACUUUCAGAGCAGUUUGCGCCACUAUCCGCGAUUAUGCGUUUGUCUCCUCCGAUCUCCCUUUGAUAGUCAGUCUGGAGGUGCACACCAGUCCCGAGCAGCAAGAAAUCAUGGUCGAAAUCAUGACCGAAUACUGGAAAGGCAUGCUCGUAGACCUACCACUAGACCCCUCUCAAUCCUCUGAGGAACUUGAACUCCCCCUCCUCAAAGACCUCAAGAGGAAGAUCCUCAUCAAAGUCAAGCGUGCAGCAAAGCACCCCGCGGAUUCCGACGCCCGUCCAACGACUUUGCAGGCACCCGCAGAGGAACCUAGGAGGAGUAAUAGCGCUACUUCGACUUUGACGAGUUCUUCUGAUGACCUUCCGGAUGCGGCGAAGAAGCCACCUGCACCGAAGGCCAAGAUAACAGAGGCUCUGGCGAAGCUGGGAAUAUAUACUGGCGGAUAUACCUUCAAGAGCCUCGAACAACCAGGCAUGUCUAAGAUUCCUACACACGUCUUCUCACUCUCCGAGAAAGCUCUGAUGGAGGUUCAUGAGACCCAGCAGGCAGCACUAUUCAAGCACAACAAGCACUUCUUCAUGCGCGCAUAUCCAAAGGGACUUCGCCUGAACUCUUCGAAUCUGAACCCUUCAGUAUUCUGGAGAGCAGGAGUCCAGAUCGUUGCACUCAAUUGGCAACGUUGGGAUGGCGGCAUGAUGCAAAACGAAGCCAUGUUUGCGGGCACCGCCGGCUGGGUGCUCAAGCCGGAAGGAUAUCGCAGCACGAGCAACGAAGCGACACAAAAGACGGCUAUCCCACACCACAACCUGGACCUAAGCAUAGAAUUCAUCGCUGGUCAAGACAUCCCGUUGCCAGAAGAAGAAGAUGAUAAGAGUUUCCAUCCUUACGUGAAGGUCGAGUUGCACGUUGAGAAGCACGAGGAGAGAGAAGGCGAGCCGGUUCCCGGAGGCGGGAAAAAAAAGGGUGGAGAGUACAAACUGAAGACGAAGACGCAGCACUCGCAGAACCCCGAUUUGGGACGGGAAAUUAUCAAGUUUGAGGGCGUCAGAGGUGUCACUGAGGAGUUGACCUUUGUCAGGUACGUUACAUAUCUUUUCCGCAUUUCAGUGUUCCGUGAUUGUUUCCGGAAGCAUGUUGGUCUGCAAUCACCCCUUCUUUCUUCCUUCCGGGUAGGGUUGAGAGAAAAUUUGAUCUCUCGCUUCUAUGUUCCUUUCUCAGAGUCGUGCGUCUGCGAGCUGGGAUGGUUUCCAUAG